CCUCGCGCGCACGCCGCCCCGCCCCGCCCGGCGCGCACGCCUCCCGGCCAUCGCCGCCUGCCGCCCUUCCUCCCCGAUCCCUCAGCUGCGCGGCCCCCAGACUCGCUCGCCGGUGGAGGGACCCGGGACGAGCCAGGGCGCGCUGUUAGCCUGAGGAAGCCGGGGGAGACCCGCUGGGCCGGGCAGAGCCGUCAAGAAUAGCGGAGCCUGCCCCGCACGCCCGGGAGCGAAGUGAGAGCGAGGCAGAGUUACGUGAGGCAGCGCAGAGUAAGUGGGCUCGGGUCCGACUCGAGGUCGGGCUCGGGACCGAGACUGGUGGGCCAGGCCCCCGAGCCGGCGUUACCCCCGGUCUGAGGAGCACCGAGCGGACACAGAGGGACGGACCGAGCAAGGACUCAUGGCCUCGCCAUUCCUACCCGCGGGGGCCACCACGGGCGACAGCGGCGGCGAGCUGAGCUCGGGGGACGACUCCGGUGAUGUAGAAUCCCUUCAGAGCCCCGAGACCGAGGCGUCCGGGAGCCUGACCGAGCUCUUUGAGAAGGCUGCAGCGCACCUCCAAGGCCUGGUUCAAGUGGCCAGCAGGGAGCAGCUCUUGUACCUGUAUGCCAGGUACAAGCAGGUCAAAGUUGGAAAUUGUAAUACUCCUAAACCAAGCUUCUUUGAUUUUGAAGGAAAGCAAAAAUGGGAAGCAUGGAAAGCACUUGGUGAUUCAAGCCCCAGUCAAGCAAUGCAGGAAUACAUUGCAGUAGUUAAGAAAUUAGAUCCAGGUUGGAAUCCUCAGUUACCUGAGAAGAAAGGAAAAGAAGCAAAUACCGGUUUUGGUGGCCCCGUUGUUAGUUCUCUGUAUCAUGAAGAAAUCAUCAGGGAAGAAGACAAAAACAUAUUUGAUUACUGCAGGGAAAACAACAUUGACCAUAUAACCAAAGUCAUCAAAUCGAAAAAUAUGGAUGUGAAUAUGAAAGAUGAAGAGGGCAGAACUCUACUCCAUUGGGCGUGUGAUCGAGGACAUAAAGAACUAGUCACAGUCUUGCUACAAUAUAGAGCUGAUAUUAACUGCCAGGACAAUGAAGGUCAAACAGCUCUACAUUAUGAGAUAAUGUCACCAACAUCUCUGUGGUCUCCCAGACUGAAAACGUAAGUUAUCAUCUUUGGUUCUUACAAUUCUUUUGCCCAUUAUCCUUUUGGAUUGAUUUGUUAACACUUUUUAGAUAUCAAGGAUAUUAGCUCUUGUAUGUGUUAUAUAUAUGAAUAUGUUUCCCAAUUUAUGGUUUACCUUUAUAUAUCAUAUUUUGUGUGUGUGGUAUAGGUGUUUUAAAUUUUUAUGUGUUCAAAUUUGUCAAUUUUAGGUUUCUAUGUAUUCAGAUUUACCAGUAGUUUUCUUUAUGUGCUUGGGUUUCAUAUCAAGUGCAGAAAUACUCCGGCCAUUUUAUUCAAUAGUAAACAUUAUGAUCACAAGCAGUGGGUCUGUAAGCUUUUCAAAAACCUAUAAAAAUAUUUGAAACCUAAGAUAAAAUACUGUUCUUCCAAAAAACAACAGGAAAAUCACAAAAUAUAAACACAUGUUUGUCUAUAAAUAUAACAUUUUAUCAGCUUUAUUAAUUAUCAAAUUUAGUGUUUAUAAACAUUUCCUUAAAGCCCAUCCUGUACUUUGCUAUCUCCUAUCCACAUGAAUUUAAGUGGCUUAUUCAAUCCCUUCUUUAAAAAAAAAAAAUGUUUUUAUGUUUAUUUAUCUUUGAGAGAGAGAGAAUGCAAGCAGGGAAGGGGCAGAGACAGAAGGAGACACAGAAUCUGAAGCAGGCUCCAGGCUCUGAGCUGUCAGCACAGAGCCUGACUUGGAGCUCAAACUCAGGAACAGUCAGAUCAUGACCUGAGCCAAAGUCAGCCGCUUAACCAACUGAGCCACCCAGGCGCCCCCAGUCCCUUCU